AUGUUGGUAGAACUCCAAGUAUCAGAUCGACCCUCUGAAACAGGUAUACCCGAAGAUAUUGACACUAAUACCAUCAUGGAUUUAGAAAAACAAGUAGCAGAUCAUUCGUUUGAAACACAAAUAGAUGAAGAUAUUGAUGCAAAUGGUUAUAUGGAAGCAACAUCUGAAUCCGAGCAAAUAAAUGAUGAUGGUGUGCAUCUUGGAUGUGAUGAAGGUGAAAAUAAUGAUACAUGUAUUAUUGGAAAGGUUUUCGAUACACCCAAUGAUGCAUAUACAUUUUAUAAUGACUAUUCAUUUUUACAUGGUUUUGGUACACGAAAACAUUGGAAAUUUAAGAACAAGUCAACAAAUGAGCAUUAUCGGAGGAUAUAUGUAUGCAACAAAGAAGGUUUCAAACAAUUGAAAGGUAAUAAUUCAAGUGGAAAGACAAUAAAACAUCGUAGAGAGGUAAGAACUGGAUGCAAAGCAAUGAUUCGCAUUUCAAAACAAAAGGAUGGGAAAUGGAUUGUUGACAAGUUUAAUGACACAUACAAUCAUGACUUAAGCAUGACACCAACAAAGGUAAUGAAGCAUAGAUCUCAUGGGAAGUUCCACCGUACAAUGGAAUGUAAAUCUCUUAUGGUGGAACUUGGUCAAUCGGGGUUGAAGCCAUGUCAUAUUAAAAAGGCUAUUAAUGCAUUGAAACCUUUAGAUGAAGUUGAUGUUACGUCAAAGCAAUGUGUUGAUGUCUUAUCCGAACAACGAAAACAAUAUAAGGGAAAGGAGUUUUAUGGACUUAUAAAGCAUUUCCAAGAUAAAGCAUUAUUGGAUAAUGACCAUUAUUUUGUCGUAGACUUGUGUGAUGAUGGGUUUAAGUCUCGAAGGGCAGCCGAAGAAGAUGAGGACUUCAAGACAAUGAACUCAAGAGCAGUUCUUUCUUCUGUGCAUCCAAUUGAAGCAAAAGCAGGUGAGUGCUAUACUAGAAACAUUUUUGAGAUUUUUAAAAAAGAAUGGAUGGAAGCCAAUAACAAUUUAACUCAUGAGACUCUAAACAAAAGUACAGAAGAAAUAACAUAUCGAGUUGGGCAAAUGAAUAUUGAUAAAAAAUAUUGGAGAAUUGUUAGCUUCCGUUUGGUUAGUCAAAUGAAUGUUAUAUGUUCUUGUGCUAAGUAUGAGAUAUAUGGAAUUUUAUGCAAACAUUGCCUAUAUGUAAUGAAGAAGAGGCAUGUUGAAACACUUCCGAGUCACUAUAUUUUACCUCGAUGGACACUUAAUGUUAGGUACAAAGUGGGUAAUAAUAGUAUUGGACUUGAAGAAAUGAACAAUGAUAAUGGGGUUAGUGCAUACACUUUAUGGUGUGUUCGUUCCAACUUUACCAAAGUAAUUGAACAAGCGAAAUUCUCCCUUUUAAAGAUAGAAAAAGUUAAUAACGUAUUAAUAAAGCUUUUAGAUGAUCUAACGAUUCAGGAAAAACCAGUAGCAUUUGAAAAUUCAUCGCAAGGUUAUUCUGUGGGACUUUCAGAAAUAAAUAUGACGCCUCAGAUAUCUGUCCGAGAUCCUCUAGGUCCAACUAAUACGAAAGGUCGUCCGAAAAAUGCAAGUAGAAUCAAGUCUUCUCUAGAAAUGCCGAAAAAACGAACAUGUUCUUACUGUCAGGGAUUGGGUCAUUAUGCCACUAGUUGUUCAAAAAGAAAGGUGGAUGCAUCGUUACAAGAAAAACAGUGA